GCAAAAGUGUGCGUUUUUCGACGAACGCACGUCAAAGGUUGCGUUUACAGCGUCGCGUCGAACCUGCGUUCGUUCAUUUCCGACAAGCUGACGGUCUCUUUUCCGUCAUUGGUCUCGAAGUAGACACACUUGAUCGAAAUGGCGUCCCACAAAACGUUCCGCAUCAAGCAAAAGCUUGCCAAGAAGCUGAAGCAAAACAGACCCAUUCCGCAAUGGAUUCGUAUGCGCACGGGUAACACCAUCCGGUACAACGCCAAGCGCCGUCACUGGAGACGUACCAAGCUGAAGCUGUAAGCGGCUCGUACUCCGUAUUGUUUACCAUCGAGUGCUGCGCGCGAUAGUGAUGCAGCUGGCACGACACAUACCGUUGCCGUUCAUCCGCUGGAAGCGCGCUAGGACUUGGUGCAUUUUCAAUAUUAAUCCGUUUGGUGGAAGUUCGGUGAAAUAAUGAAUAAACAAUUCAUGUCCAGCUAAACGCUCCCCCAACAACAACAA